AUGUGCAUCGCAAUAAUCUCCACCGCACACCCUUCCUAUCGGCUAAUUCUAAUCGACAACCGCGACGAGUAUCUGAAUCGACCAACCGAUGUUGCCGGAUGGUGGCCAGAUCCUCAUUCCCACGUCCUGGGAGGCCGGGAUAUGCUCCGCGAUAUCCACGGGACAUGGUUAGGGGUGACGAGGACCGGCAAGAUUGCUGUCCUGACAAACUACAAGGAAGACACUACCCCGCCUCGAAGUGCCGUCAGCCGUGGCGCCAUCAUCAAAAAGUUUUUAUCCGAAGAAGUCGGUCCUGUGGAGGAGUUUGUCAAAGACGUUGUCAAUACUGGCAUUGCUAAGGAUGCCGGCGGAUUCAGCCUUGUGUGUGGCCACAUAGGCGAGAAGCUCGCCGUCAUUUCCAACCGCGCCGAACACCAAAGUCAGGUUCCUUGGAUAGCAGGGGAGGUUGUGCACACAGUUGGCCUCAGCAAUGCCGAUUUCGCCGACCGAUCGUGGAAGAAGGUCACCUUGGGCGAAGAGCUCAUGUUAAAUACGAUCCGUCACAGCGUCGAAAACGAAGAAACAGAAGACCAGCUGAUUGAGAGGUUUCUCGAUCUGCUAAGCCACGAAACCCUUCCUCGAAACGGCGAACCCGAAGGCGCCGGACUCGAGACGUUUAUUCCUGCACUGAGAAACACGAUCUACGUCCCGACCCUAGGACGAAAAGACAUGGGUUAUCUUGCCGAUGACGAGAGGGCCGCUGCGAGGAGACACGAGAAAGUCGACAUUGUAGGCCACAACACGCCCGUCCGACACCGCUCGCCGUCCAUCAACCUUCCAUUCCGGGCUCGGCAACUGGGCGUCAGUGGACUGUACGGGACGCAGAAGCAGACCGUCGUGCUUGCUGAUCAAGACAUGAACGUUCGCUUUUUCGAAAGGACACUAUUUGACGAAGAGUCGAACCCGAUUCCGCUUGGCGAAGGCGACGUUGAUGUGACAUUUAAGAUCGAAAGGUAA